AUGCCGGUGAUGAAAGGGUUGCUGGCCCCGCAGAACACCUUCCUCGACAACAUCGCCAACAGGUUCGACGGGACACACAGCAACUUCCUCUUAGCCAAUGCUCAGGUGCAUCGCGGCUUCCCCAUUGUCUACUGUUCGGACGGAUUCUGUGACCUCACUGGGUUUGCUCGGACGGAAGUCAUGCAGAAGACCUGCAGCUGCCGUUUCCUCUAUGGCAGUGAGACCAGCGAGGUGGUUAUGCAACGCAUUGAGAAGGUGUUGGAGGGGAAGCAGGAAUACCAAACUGAAGUCUGCUUCUACAAGAAGGGUGGAACAGCCUUUUGGUGCCUGCUGGAUAUUGUGCCGAUCAAGAACGAGAAAGGCGAAGUGGUUCUUUUCCUCUUCUCCUUCAAGGACAUCACUGAGAACCACGGGAGGAGCCACCCCACUGAAAAAAAGGAUGAAAAGCACAGAUGUAAGAAGGCAGGGAGUUCCCAUUUGCGGGCAGCCAGGAAACAAGGCCGUACAGCUCUGCACCAUCUUGCCAGCCAGUUCACCAAGAAGGAUCGGACAGAGAUGAAGAUUAACAGCGACGUCUUUGAAAACAAGCCCUCGGUGCCAGAGUACAAAAUAGCUUCGGUACAGAAGUCACGCUUCAUUCUUCUUCACUACAGCAUCUUCAAGGCUUUGUGGGACUGGCUUAUUCUCCUGGCCACUUUCUAUGUGGCUGUGACUGUUCCAUACAACGUUUGCUUUACCGACUCAGAUGACAGUUUGGCGACCGCUCGCAGCACCAUCGUCAGUGAUAUUGUCGUAGAGAUGCUUUUCAUUGUUGACAUCAUCUUGAACUUCCGGACCACAUAUGUCAGCCAGUCUGGCCAGGUAGUCUAUGACAGCCGGUCCAUCUGCCUCCACUAUGUGGCCACAUGGUUCUUUGUGGACUUGAUUGCAGCCUUGCCCUUUGACCUCCUCUAUGCCUUCAAUGUCCCAGUGACCUAUCUGGUGCACUUGCUGAAGACGGUGCGCCUCCUGCGUUUGCUUCGUCUACUCCAGAAACUGGACCGCUACUCGCAGUACAGUGCCAUGGUCCUCACAUUGCUCAUGUCCAUGUUUGCCCUCUUGGCACACUGGAUGGCCUGCAUCUGGUAUGUCAUUGGCCGGAAAGAGAGCCACGACCCGGUGACCUGGGACAUUGGCUGGCUGCACGAACUGGGCAAGCGGAUAGAAGCCCCGUACCUCAACAGCUCCGUAGGUGGGCCAUCCCUUCGCAGCGCCUACAUCGCUUCGCUGUACUUUACCCUCAGCAGCUUGACCAGUGUGGGCUUUGGGAAUGUCUGCGCCAACACGGAUGCUGAGAAAAUCUUCUCUAUCUGUACCAUGCUCAUUGGUGCUCUGAUGCAUGCUGUGGUCUUUGGCAAUGUGACAGCCAUCAUUCAGCGCAUGUAUUCACGGCGCUCCCUCUACCACACUCGCAUGAAAGACCUAAAGGAUUUCAUCCGUGUCCACCGCCUUCCCCAACAACUCAAACAACGUAUGCUGGAAUACUUCCAGACCACAUGGUCUGUCAACAACGGCAUUGAUGCUAAUGAGCUCCUGCGUGACUUCCCGGAUGAACUGCGAGCAGACAUCGCCAUGCACCUAAACAAAGACAUCUUGCAGCUGCCGCUUUUUGAGAGCGCCAGCCGAGGCUGCCUGCGCGCCCUUUCCUUGCACAUUAAAACCUCUUUCUGUGCUCCUGGAGAAUACCUCCUCCGCCAAGGGGAUGCCCUGCAAGCCAAUUACUUUGUCUGCUCUGGUUCCCUUGAAGUCCUCAAGGACAACAUUGUGCUGGCCAUUUUGGGUAAAGGGGAUCUCAUUGGUGCCGAUCUGCCCGGCAAAGAUCAAGUGAUCAAGACCAACGCGGAUGUCAAGGCACUGACUUACUGCGACCUCCAGUACAUCAGCCUGCGUGGGCUCUUCGAGGUGCUGGAGCUGUACCCUGAGUAUUCUGCCAAGUUCAUGGCCGACAUCCACCAGGACCUCACCUUCAACCUGCGCGAGGGCAGCGAGAUCGAGGGACUUCUCCGAUUCUCCAGAUCCCCUCGUUUAUCCCAGCCUCGUCCUGAAAGUGGUGCUGCCCCUGAGAAGCCCCUGCCCUCCAUCCAGGAGUACAGUGAGGACUCUGAGGACUUCUUCCAGCCCUCACCAGCCACCAUCACUCGCCGUAAACUCCUGCUGCCCAACCUCAACAGCCCUGUGAGGCGGGGCUCCCUCAGCAGCUUGCUUGGGGAUGACCUUCGCCAGUUCUCAGCCCUGCGGCGAACUUGUCGGUCCCCGGCUCGCGGCAGCCAGGGCCGUAGCCCCUCACCACGCUGCCGCCGGGAGGAACAUCUCUCUGACAGUGAGGGCAGCAGUGGCCGGAAGCCUGGCAAACUCCUCAUUCCUUCCCUUGUGAACUAUGGGCCCCCAAACCUCAGCCCCAGAGUUGUCGAUGGAAUUGAAGACGACGGUGGGUCAUCAGAAACACAAACCUUUAGUUUCAACGUGGAUCAGCCCCGACAGAGCUCAGCACAAGAGUAUCCAGUGUCAGGGAUGGAACCAGCCAACCCCAUAUUAGUUGCAGAAUCUGAAGAAAUAAAGCAGAGCAUCAGGAAGCUCAAUCAAGAGAUCAGCAACCUGAACCAAGAAGUCUCCCACCUGAGCCAGGAGCUGCAACUUUUGAUGGGCCUCCUUCAGAACCAGUUUUCUGCUCUAUCCUCUUCUUCGUCUGCCUCGACUUGUCCCCAUAACAGCGCCCAGACCUCCCACUCCCUGCCUCCUGUAAGUAGGCAACCAGUUCACCUGCCUUCAUCUCAGGCCUCGGUUUCUGUGCCGGCAUCUAGCCUUCCUGUCUCCUCAAGCUCAGACUUUUCCUCCUUCUCCACCUCCUUGCCUUCUGUCGCCACCCCAUGCGUGGAACAUUUGGCAUCCCAGGAGCGGCUGUGUUGCACCUCCUGUGAUCCUGCAAGCCCCUCUCAUCAAUUCCAUUUGCCUCAGAUGGACAUUGGGCAAGGCAGCCACAGCGGGCAGACAGCCAAAAUGACUCCUUCUCUUUCAAGCUCACCCAUACUAUGUCCAGUGACCUCUCUUUCUCCAAGGAACUCAUUUUCUAGCUGCUCAGGACAGGGCUGCCCUCCAACGCGCUUCCAUUUCCGAUCAAGUUCGGAGACCUUUCACUGA